AUGCAACAACAAGGUUAUCAUUUUUCAAAAAAUACCAAAGAAAAUAUUCCAACCAUGCACUCUCUUCAUGAAAUUACAUCCAUCCCAGUUUCUUCAUCAUCAUUGGUUUUGAAAGAAACUUCGACCUGGGAGUCUGUGAAAAUUGCUUCCAUGGCAGCGACGAACGUGAAUUUGACUUCAGGUAAAAUUCCAGAAGCCGCCGAGAAUAUACCUUCUCUCGUCAAUUCGAUUCUGUUCAUUCUUGUUCUGAGCGUCUUGUUUUUCAUAUUUAUUGCGUUUUAUAUGAAAUCUCGACAACAAGGAAUGAAACGAAAUCAACACAUUCUCUUUCUCUUUGUUGCUGUUCUGAUCAUUAUUGAAAUUCUUGCAUUGGCCGUACGUGUGGUGUACAAUGGAACAGCUCUCUAUAUGAAUGGUAUUGAAUGGACAGAGUUACCGAAUUUGUUGGAUUAUCGAGUGGUGUUAUGGGUGAGCGGUGUCGUGGAAAAUGCAUUGGCAUUUUCAGAAGUUGUGACCAUUAAUUUAAUUACUGGCUUUGUUCAAUCAGUGUUUUUAACCACCGCUGCUUCUGCUGGAGCCAUGUCCAGAAAAUUUCAUCUCAUACUCAAAUGGACACUUCUCUCUGUGAAUCUAUGCUUUUGCUUCAUUCUUGGAAUUUUAAAUUUAAUUAAUGCCAUCAUGAACUUGUUAGUGAAAAUGUCACUGUUGUCAAAAUCUGUUUCACUUCCAUUGCAAAUUGUACUCUUUGUGAUCUUCUUUUUAAUUUGCGUAUUGAACUUGAUUGUAUUUAUAUGUGUUUCUUCGCGUUUGCUCUAUGUCGUCAAAAAAACAAGUCGCCAAGUGUCAAAUGCCAAAGAUGAAAAAUCUCGAAAUUCACAAAGACCGUUCACUAAAAUUGUCACACUCAUGCUAGGAAUGAUUCUAAGUGCCUUUCUUCAAAUUUUAUCCAUUAUUUGCUCCUUUAUUACUUCGACUUUUGCAGGAUAUUUACAUGUACUUGAUUACUUUUUACAAGCAUUUGGUGUCGUGUUAUUCGUUGUAUUUGUAUUACUAUUGUACAAUCCUUUAUGGAAAGAGGAAUCCAUGAAGUCCAGUAGCACUAGUUAUUAUGAGAGUUCUGAAAAUAAGAAAAUACCAAAUGGAAGAAAUCAAAAGGUUUCAACAGAUGAUACUGAGGAUGAACCAAAAUCUGAAACUGUAGAGACAAAGGACAUUCCUUUGAAUGAAACAACCUUGGAACAAAGCAUGACGGUCGUUCAAUAG